AUGGCGUUCUUAUGCCCGAUUAGACUUUCUAAAAGUAAAAAAGGGAGAAACCAAAAUGCAUUUGCCUAUAUGCCAGCGAGAAUUACUGGAAGUUCAAGUCUUGAAAGCCUACUUGCAAUUGAAAUAAGCCGCAGCGCAGCUAAUGAUGAUAGCAAAGAUUUUGCUAGGAUGAAAAUGGUGAUACUACAAGACUUUCAGCCUUGCGUUGAAGACGAGCUAGAAGUUAAGCGAGGAGAUAUCGUGACACUUCUAUAUCGUGAUAAUGAUUGGGUAUAUGUACAAGCUAGUCAUGGGGGUGAAGGAUUUGUACCCUAUUCCUAUUGCGCGUUAAAGCAAUCUCCUAACAUUGAAAAGCCACGAAAAAAACAAGAAAUGAAAUCAUCGUUUGGUCGUACAUUUUCCUAUUUAAAGUCUAUCGAUCGAGAAUCACAAAAUCGCCGUAUUCAGCCUAGUGUUCCUGCCAAUCAGUUAAAUUUCAGAUUAAACUUAAAUCUACAAAAACCGUCGCCUGAUCGUAGUAGACCGAAUGUUACUAAGGAAGAAAGCAGUGAAGAAUUAGAUAAAGGUGUUGUUUUCAGGCCACAAAGUCCCAGGCAAAGAUUUACUCACGCACUAAAUCGAGCUAGUUACAACAGAAUGCAACAAUCAGAUGUUGGAAACAACGGAAUAAGAUUGUCCAAUCAUACUGAUGAUCAAUUCAAUCAUCAGCCAAAUAGUACUUUACCAUCAAAUUCACAGCCUAAUACAUCUGCGACUCCUCAUAUUUAUAACCAACAGUCUCAAUCUAAUUUCAAUAACUACCCUAUUGCAACAACAGGAUCAGGAUCAAGUAGUAAUAGUAAAAUUUCCAAUCAUUCCUACCAGGAAUAUGGUGAAUCCAGCGAUAAUCUAUCAAUCGUUGGUAGUGCUCAUCAACAGCAAGAAUUACGAAAUAAAUCUUAUAGUCUACCAGAUGAUGGCAUUGUACCAGACAUAAAUAAUAAGAAUAAUAAUUAUUAUAAAAAUUCAAACUCUAACAAUGGAAGUCCUAAGUCACAAGGACUGAUCCUAGUAACUGCAGAUUUUCAAGCCGAAACUGACUGUGAUAUUUCCAUUCAACAAGGAGAGUUGGUUAAGGUUCUUAAUAUCGAUAAUGAUAACUGGGCUUGGAUAGCGAAAGAUAAUAGGAAAGAAGGAUUUGUUCCGUUGUCUAGCUUAUCCAUUGAUGAUGAAACAUUCAAGGCAAUUUCGAAUCAGGAUGAUUCGUCUAUAAAAACAGAUUUUGAAAAUGAAUCUAUGUUCAGUACGGAUUCAACAGUUAUCAAGCAGCAAGGCACCCGUCUUGUAGUUCUCUUUGAUUACCAAGCUAGGACCAUCGAUGACUUAGACGUUAGAAGAGGCGAAAUUGUUUAUGCUGAACUUGAUGAUCAAAAUGAUGAAAGUUGGAUUUGGGCUUAUGCACCAACCAGCAAUAAGCAGGGCUUUAUACCCCGCUCUUUCGCUAGACCACCUGUGACUUCUAUUUAA